AUGGCAGGAACAGGAGUUCCGCCAAUCAAUAUCGAGGGCACCGCUGAUUGGUCAUCCUUAAGCAGGAUGAUGAACAGCAAGGGGAUCCAAUUCUCCAAGGCGAGGACGGCGGGUAACAGUGUGAAGGUGUUCACAAAUACACCAGCUGACUACCGUCAGCUAGUCGCACUGCUGGAAUCCAUCAAGCGGCCCUUCUUCACCUAUCAACUGAAGGAGGACAGGAUGGACUAG